AGUCUCCAUCACCUUGUCUAGCUGGCUAAUUGAAUCAAACGAAAUAACUCUUGUGACUAUAUAGUUGUGACUUCUUCAAUUCGUGUAUUAAAGUAAAUAGGUAACAAUAAUAGCGACAGAACUCAGUAUUUAUCAAUAAAUUUAUAACAAUACAUACUAUGAGUUAAAAGGACAGUGCUCUAAGCCGGCACUAUAAAUAAACAACACACAAGAAGUUAUUUGUAAACACAAAGAUGAAAUUGAAAAAGGCGCCGUGGCGGUGGGUCGCAUCACCACUCGGCUACAACUUGCUUCUCUCUAUGUUCCAAGAGAAUCUUCCAGCUGUGGAAAAAUACAUGCAGAUAGCUGAAAGAUUAAAAAAUGUAGAUGGAUGUAAAAUUAAACAAAGGAUAUUUUAUUCAUUGACCAUGUCACAGCCUACAGUGGGAUUGUCAAAAAAUGUUGUUAUUGAAAAAGCUGAUUUUAGUAAAAAUGAGAAUGCUUUCACAAUCUAUGUGAACAAAUAUGGUGAUUUGAGGUAUCAUGAGUUUUCUUCCAGAACUGAAUUAAUAUUUGCUAGCAUCUGUACAUUCAAGAGCACCUGGCCGUUAGAGCCGAACACUGGUUUCAUGAAGUUAUAUAAUUCAUAUAAUUAUACGCAAGAUGUGAACUAUGAGGGUAGACUCUUAGAGUUGCCUCUCCGGACUGAAGGCUUCAAGCUGGUGCUAGUGUUACCCAAUGAGAGUACAGUGGUGAAGACGUUGUUUUCAACAUUGUCCAAUCAGGGCCUUGCUGCGGCAAUCAACAGCAUACAGCCUCUGUUCACUGGAAAGGCGGAGCUCAUGAUGCCUAUCAGUAUUGACGUCACUUCUAGAAUAGAACUUAACGAGACAAAGCUCGGGUCUCCGGUACAAUAUGGUACUAUAACCGUGUCGGACAAAGGUGCUGAAGUCAGGCUGCUUACUUGUUUAUAUUCACCUGCGAGCGAAAUGGUAGACAACGAGGCUGUGACGUCAUUACAACCCGGCCAAUCAUGGCCACCGCCGCCAUUUUAUUUUGCAUUAGUUUACAAAGACACGCCGAUAUUUUACGGAGAUUUUAACAAGCCUAUAAUACGUGCAACGGAUUUUAAGAAUUUGGAAUGAAUCGAAAGAUUAAAUAGAAAAAGUAAUUGUUGAUG